AUACCGCCGCAGCAGACCACAUCAGCGCCUGCGGAUUUUGUUGUUCCGUGCGGUGCGGUGCGGGGAGCGCGUUUUCUCUCUUUCUAAAGGCGAAAGCGUGCGCGAGGGCAAACGGCCAAAGCGACGGCUCAUUUCCUUUUUGUUUCUGGGAUGGGGAAGUACAUGCGGAAGUGCAGGGCAGCGGCCGGGGACAGCAGCAAGGCGCCGGCGGUGCCGCUCCUCGGCGUCCGGACGCGCUCCCGCGUCGCAGCCGUCGUGGGAGGCGCCGCCGGCGUCGCGAAGCGGAGGAAGCAGGCGACGACCACGACGGCGGCGCGUGCGGCGAAGGAGCUGGCGUUGAGCGGCGGCUCGGACGCCGGGUGCUACCUCCAUCUGCGCAGCAGGAAGCUGUUCAUGGCGUCGGCUGCGGUGGCGCCGCCCCGGGGAUUACCGAGGGCGGAGGAGGAGGCUUCGUCGGCGGCGGCGACGCUGGCUGAUUCUGGGGCUUCGAGGGAGGCGGCCGUGGCCGGGAUCUCGCGCUACUCCAGCACCGCGUCAUCGGCGGCUAGAGAAAGGAACAGCGGCGGCGAAGCGGAGGUGUGUGAGAGUCGCGACGCGGUGGAGAGCUCCGUCAGCGACUGUUGCGGCAACAGGGAGAGGAGGGAGGCGACACCAUCGAGCCAAUCGCCGGCAAAUUCAAGCGACCUAGAGUCGAGUCACGCGGGGGGAGAACAAAAGCACCAACGCACGAGGUCUCCGGCAAUAAGACCGACGACCGGCGCAGCGACGACAUUUCAAUUCGAGGAGAGAGCAGCAAAGAUGCCACCGGUAGCAGAGAUCGAGGAGUUCUUCGCCGCCGCGGAGAAGGCCGAGGCCGAACGCUUCGCCGCAAAGUACAACUUCGACGUCGCGCUCGGCGUGCCGCUCAAUGCCGGCCGGUUCGAGUGGACUCCGGUUGCCAGCGUCUGAGCAGGUGCAGGAAUUGAACCUAGCAUGCAAAGAGGGGGAGCUAGCGGAGGCGCGCGUACAAAGGCAAGUCCGCUGAAGGGAGGGAAAAGAAAUGCUCCCAAAGGAAAACAGUCCUAGUGAGAAAGAAAGAGGAGUAAAAAAAAUAAAAGAAUUAUCCAAUCCGACGACUUGUUUAUAAUUUUCUCCAAAUUUUCAUCUUUGUUAGGCCAUUGCGGUCUAAAAUGGGUUGGGUCGUUGUGUAACUCUUGUUUCUGUUUUUGGUUGGUAUCUUGCGGCCGGACGGAUAUUAAUGCGCAGCGGCCGGCAGCUGCUCGCCUGCUCUGCAGACUGCACCGCUGCAAGCUGCAACAGUUAACCACCGCCAUCUUCUUUCGCAGCUUCUGCUUCUCCCAGUCCUUUUUACUCAUAUUCUUCGUACAGAUGUGUUGUACAGUUCGUUAGCUCUCUCGUUA